AUGCUAACAUCCUAUAACCUUCUUCGUUCUCGUUUUCCUCGCUCUCACCAACACUGGUUUUGUACCAUUGUCGCUCUCAAACCAGAGCCUCAACCACCUCCAACCACCUUCGCCGCAACCACCACCACUACCUCCUAUUUACUUCCUUCUAGACGCCUCCUUUUUCUUGGAUUCGAUUCUCGCCGACAUCUUCAUCACAGUCAUCUCUACUCUUUCCAUCGAAGUUUCUUUACAAGAGCUAAACAGGCUCAGAUAAUUGAAUUCAAUGAUCGCCACAGUCAGCGAGCUGUUAAAACUGCAUUAUGGUGUAACUUUCUUGUUUUUUCACUCAAAUUUGGAGUAUGGUUAGCUUCCUCUAGUCAUGUUAUGUUAGCUGAAGUUGUGCAUUCAGUUGCCGAUUUUGCAAACCAGGCGCUGCUUGCUUAUGGUCUAUCUAGCUCUAGGCGGGCACCAGAUGCUAUGCAUCCUUAUGGUUAUUCCAAGGAAAGAUUUGUUUGGUCAUUAAUAUCUGCUGUUGGGAUAUUUUGUCUUGGUUCUGGUGCUACUGUUGUUCAUGGAGUUCAAAACUUGUGGGUUGCACAGCCCCCUGAGAAUAUGCAAUUAGCAGCUUUGGUGUUAUGUGGUUCAUUCGUCAUUGAAGGAGCCUCUCUUGUUGUUGCCGUUCAAGCUGUCAAACAAGGCGCAGCUGCAGAGGGAAUGAAAUUAAGAGACUAUAUUUGGCGGGGACAUGAUCCUACAUCUGUUGCAGUAAUGACAGAGGAUGGUGCUGCAGUAACUGGCCUUGCUAUUGCUGGGGCAUCAUUGGUGGCAGUGCACUAUACGGGAAAUGCCAUGUAUGAUCCCAUAGGCUCAAUAUUGGUUGGCAACUUACUUGGAAUGGUAGCCAUAUUUCUUAUCCAGAGAAACCGACAUGCUUUGAUUGGUAGAGCUAUGGACGACCACGAUAUGCAAAAAGUACUCCAUUUUUUGAAAAAUGACCCGGUUGUAGAUGCUCUCUAUGAUUGCAAAAGUGAAGUUAUUGGGCCUGGAUUCUUCAGAUUUAAGGCAGAAAUAGAUUUUAAUGGAGAUGUGGUGGUACAAAAUUAUCUUGAAAGGACUGGGCGUGAAGAAUGGGGCAAACAGUUUCGUGAAGCUGCAAAGCUGAGGGACGAUACUGCCUUGACAAAGAUUAUGUCAAAUUAUGGUGAGGAAGUAGUUACAGCAUUAGGAAGUGAAGUUGAUAGGUUAGAGAAGGAGAUCCAAAAUCUUGUUCCUGGUAUCCGCCAUGUUGAUAUUGAAGCCCACAAUCCAACAGAGUCAUCUUUGUCAAGUUAA